ACGAACUCUGACCCUUCCCUUGUGUUGUCGGUACAUUUGCGGUGGUAAAUCUCCUUCUAACGCGAUUGAGGGAAGCCAUUGUCAACCAGGCGGGGGCCAUGGAUGACCUUCAAAGAUCACCGUCGCCAAAAUUAGAAGUUGUGGUGGAUGAACAUCAUCACAUUGCAGUCACAUCCACCCCAAUAGUGACAACCUCGUCCUUGUUGUCCUCAAGACACCGAGCCGAUGAACAGGCAGCCUCAAUGAUCGCCAUGGAGCCCCAAAAUCCAAACGGUCAGGUUAUCGCCAUGGAAAAUGAAGCUGGGAAUGUGAUACAUGUGGUCAAUGCUGCUGGUGCGUCAAACUUGGUGUCUUUAGCAUCCGUCGCAGGCACAGCUGGUCUUCAGACGAUCACGAUUGGAGGAAAUGUUCAUGCUCUACCAAUGGUAAUAUCAGCUCCACAGGUCCAGGUGACCUCAUCCCAUGUGCUUGGUCAAGGGCACCAGCCUAUGUUGAUGACUGUGCCUACCAUGGCCUUGCCAGCCUCCGAACUGGCCAAUCGACUUAAAGACGGCUCGAUACAAGCUUCACCUGUGCCUGCCAUUGGUGGCAUAGACUGGUCUCAGAAACUUAAGGAAAUUCAAAUUUUACCAAAACCUAUGCCGCCAGUGCCAGCUGAACAGAAGUCACCAGACUCUGACGAUGGCCGGGACAAAGUCACUCAGAAACAGAUGUUUGAGCAGCGAUUUGAACCAUGUGUAGUCUGUGGUGACCGGGCAUCUGGGCGGCACUAUGGCUCAAUCAGCUGUGAAGGCUGUAAGGGCUUCUUCAAGAGGAGUAUCAGAAAACAGCUGGGUUACGCUUGCCGGGGGAACCGGGAUUGCGUCAUCACGAAACAUUACCGGAAUCGCUGCCAGUAUUGUCGGUUACAGAAAUGUCUGAACGUUGGCAUGAGAUCUGAAGCUGUUCAGCAAGAGCGGAAGCCUCCUGAACCGAAGCUCAUGGAGACAAUCAUCAACAAGCCACACAUUGCCACUUCAACACAGCGAAUUUAUAUAAGAAAAGAUCUGGGGAGUCCUGCUACUGCACUGCCAACAUUUGUCUCAAAGGUCCAGAAUAGUUCACAGGAAAGUCCUGUAAAGACUGAUAGUCUAUUUGCUAACCUAGAGGAGAGGCUAAUUCAGACAGACCAUGGCACCAUCGUCCUUAACACACCAGUUGAGAACUAUGCUCAGGAAACGGUUGUCAAGUCCGAGAGUCUACUCGCCGACCUCCAAGAGCGUUUGAUUCAAACUGAUCAUGGCACUGUCGUUCUCAAUACGACUGUCAGUAAUUCAGGCAACACAGAUCUGAGUACGUUGGCAAAUGUUGUCACAACGCUGGCGAAUAUGGACAAGAAGGGUGCAGGGGACGGUGACAAUGCAGCGACACCUAAUGGCAAUGCUGAAAGUAGUGAUAGUGUGGCGAAGGCAUUUGAUACGUUAGCGAAGGCAGUGCAGCCUGAAACAUCCGUCAACCAGAAUGACAGCGCUUUAGAUUGUUCAUCGCAGGAAUCUAAUGAUGGCUUCGUGGAGUUUGAUGGUAAAAUGCUCUCCGAGUCCAAUUUCCAGUUCAACCUGACUACCCCGUCCCCUGUCCCUCUCUAUCUGAACGUCCAUUACAUCUGUGAAAGUGCAUCUCGACUGCUGUUUUUGUCCAUGCAUUGGGCGAGAGCCAUACCUGCUUUCCAAAUACUGAAUCAGACGACCCAGACCCACCUUGUAAAGGCUUGUUGGUGUGAACUGUUCAUCCUGGGCCUGGCGCAGUGUUCUCAGGUCAUGUCCUUAUCGACCAUUCUCGCAGCUGUAGUUAACCAUUUACAGACAAAUGUUGCCCAAGGCAAAGUGUCUGCUGAACGUGUGAAGACGGUGAUUGACAACAUCAUGAGGAUACAGGACAUAUGUAAUUCAUUGCAGCGACUCAACACUGAUGCUGUCGAGUAUGCAUAUCUUAAGUCACUGGUGCUCUUUUCUCCUGAUCGACUGGGCCUCGGUCCAGUGAAGCAGAUUGAACAUUUUCAAGAGAAACUUCAUCAGGAGCUUCAGGAAUACACUAUCGAGAGCUAUCCAGAAAACUCGGAAAAAUUUGCCAAGCUGCUUUUACGAGUGCCAUCUUUGCGAUCUGUUAAUCCUAGCGUCAUGGAGGAAGUGUUCUUCGCAGGACUUAUCGGGAACAUUCAAAUUGACAGUAUAAUUCCGUACGUUUUACGGAUGGAGACAGCUGAAUAUAAUACACAGCUUGCCCAAGGACUGACCGUGAGUCAAAGUGUAAGUGUGCCUUCCCAACCGCCCAUGAUGUUCACCUCUUCAUAGGACAGCUACAGCAUUACUAAUGAGCGCUGGAUCUGUGCUUAGGAGUAAAUCAUGUUUCAUGUACAUUUGUAGUGAUAAUGAGGGAUAAGAUAAUUGUCAUUGUUUUUAAAACUUUAAGCUGCAGUUGGUAGAAUUAUGAAUCGUCCAGUUUUUCAUGAAUUGUUGGCCUGGGAAUACAUGAAACUCUGAAGAUGCAGUAACAACUCAUGCAUUCCAACACCAUGUGCAUUCGACAGAGUUAGUAGUAUGUUUGAAGGAAGAGUUUUUAUUUCGAAAAGUGGGCCCCGACUGCUCCAAUGGGACCAAGAAACAUGUGUUGUAAGUGAGCUACAGUCUUCUAGUGACCUUGUUAUCAGUACUGUACCCCAAAUUCAGAAAAAUGCCAUUUCGGCAGAGUUGAGUGAUGUUUUAGUGUUCAUUAGUAUGUUUCAGCUGAACUAAAAUAUUUAUUAUUUAAAACCACAGGUGUUUUGUUCAAUCAGCUGAUUUUUUACCCAUAAGUGACAAUGAGAGUAAAUCUGCACUGUGCCAUUCAAAUUGACAGUGUAAUUCAAUUACAGUUCCUGUCAGCUGAGAUUUAUUUUAAAAAAAUUAUGCCGAUUGAGCAACUAGGCCCUCCACAAUUUGAGAGCCAGAGUGACCUUUGAAAUUUCUGCUGGGGUCAUUGAACUACUAGCCAUCUAAUGGGUGAAAAGUUGGUCCAUUUCAUUUCAAGUUGGCCAGGAUGCUGUUACACGAAGCUAUAGUGUGUAACAUGUAGUACAACAUCCUAUGGUUAACUUGAUGAAAUGGACUUAUAGUGUAUAGUAUUUUAAUUGUUUUUACAUCGAGUUGUUCAAAACAACUGCAUAUAUUUACCAUUUCCGGCUGUGGUGUGAAUGGUAAUGAUGCCAUGCAUGAACAUACAUGUGUACGUGUAUGGCUGUACAUGUGCAUGCAUGUAUAGUCAUUGUGUUCCAUGAUUGAUCUGGUGUUUACCAUUGCUGUUAAGGAUUGUGAACAGUUUAAAAACAAUGUAAAAUGUAAGGAAUCAUUUCCAAAUGGGAGCUGAGAGGGGCAGCUUCCUCAGAGUCAGAUUCCCAAAUUUCUGAUAUUUGUCACAAAAGUGGUAAACUUUUCAAAUAUCAUGAUCUGCUCUAAUACAUGUAGUAUGAUUUUUUAAAUUUUACUUCGAUCCUUUAAAAGUAGAAUUCAUUUCAUUCAAGCUUUGCUUGGAAUAUCAUGAGAAAUCAUUCACUCAGUUCUGCUGGGAAUUCAAGCAGUUCUAUGAUUUUGUUGCCUCACCAUAAAUUCCAAAUAUUCCAGAAACUUCUGUGUCUCGUCCGUGAUGGAAAUAUAUAAUAGAACCUCGAAUUUAAGGACACUGCUUUCCUUAAUAGCGAGGUGUCCACAUUGACGAAAUGUAAGACAAGAGAGAUUCUAUUGUAGCUUUUACCUAGAGUCUGAAACUUCAGUGAAUAUUCUGUUCAGUGUUCUGCCCAAUAUAAUGUAUAAAUUUUGAAUAGUACUCAUUGUUAAGUUUUUAGUGCUUCUCUCUGUACAUAAUUUCCAGAUGCAAAACUAUGAUUCAGUUUGGACAAGACUUUGUUGGAAGCCAAAAACUUCCAUGUUUCUUUGCCUAAAUGAUAACAGCAUUUUUGCAGUAAACUAUGUUUGUAAUCCAGACAAUUACCGCUAUGAAAUUUGUCGUAACUGGAAGGUCAGUUUUGUAUAUUUUGUGUUUAUUCAGUUCGUGUUGGAUAUAUUGAUGAGAUUCCUCCAGGCAAGUCUGUGUUAUCUCACGAUUCUUCCUUUGCUUCGACAACUUGCCAGCCUUCAAAAUAACACAAAGCCUAGCUCUGUACCUGAUGUUUGAUAGGAUAAUACAGCUUUAAAGGGGGACUACUGCAACUGGCAGGUGCUAGAGGGUCAGAUUGGUGGUCCUUAGGUGAAUUUAUUAUGCACAGUUCAGGGACUGGGUUGUGAUAUAUUCCUCGAAAAAGUCUCAAUAGUUUUUAUGUACUGUGAGAUAGGAGAGACCCCUAUUGGCAACCUUGUGUAACUUUACUUAUCUUUGCCUACUUGGCUCCUGCCUAUAGUCUCCCUUUAAUACUACUGUUAGCCGUGAAACUGUUACUGUUAACCCGUUUGCUGCAUCAUUCUCACGACCUUGCUGAGUCAAAGCAUGAACAAUUCAACUCUAAUGCAUGAAAAGCACUGCAUUCUGUGUGUUUCCUGUUCUGCUAUGUUAUUGUUACUUUAGCAUGUUUAGACAAUGUAGAUGAUUUCUACAGCUUGUGCCCUGUACUGAUUGACACAAUGCCCAAGCCAUAUUAUCAAGAAUUGAUCAAUACCAGGAAGUAUUGGCAAUCCGAACUUCUUAUUCUCAUCCAGACAUUGGGCUUAAAGAAUCAAAACUGAAUCGGAGUAUUGGUUGUUUCUCCAAUCACUGUAGGGUUGGAGGCUGAACCCGAGUGCUUCCAGUGGAGUUUGGGUGAAAUGAGAGCUCCACCUGAGCAGUGUUUGGUACAAAAACAACCAAUGAGAUAGCAAAUUCUAUUCUCAAACCAGACAUUUAAACGUGACAAAAUAUUUUCGUCUGCUUUAAAAUUUUAUACAAACUCAUGCAGUUAUUGUUGAAACACCAAUUUUUAGGUGUGACAGAUUGAUUUAUUUUGUUGAUUAAAACUACCAGAGAGAUGUUGGUAUUUCUUAUGGAAUCACCUUAAUACUUUCAAACUCGAAGCAAUACUUUCUUCUACUGCCAUAAACUGAUCUGUAAAACUUUUAUUAUAAAGAAUUCCUAGACAUAUGUAAAUGUCACCUGUUUAUAAUGUAUCUUUUGUGUAUCAUAAAUUAAAUGCUUAUGGAAUAUAAUAAUA